AAGUUGAUGAGGAAAUUGGCCGACCACGGACAAGCCAUCUUGUGUACCAUCCAUCAGCCAUCUGCCCUCUUGAUGCAAGAGUUUGAUCGUUUGUUGUUUUUGCAAAAGGGGGGACAAACUGUAUACUUUGGUGAUUUGGGUGAAAACUUUGAAACCUUGAUUAACUACUUUGAAAAGAAUGAUGCCGAUCCAUGUCCUGCUGACGCCAAUCCUGCUGAGUGGAUGUUGCAAGUUGUUGGAGCUGCUCCCGGAUCUCACGCUAAGCACAACUACUUUGAAGUUUGGAGAAACUCUGAGGAGUACCAGAAUGUUCGAAAGGAGAUUGCCAAUAUGGAAGCUGAGUUGUCCAAGUUGCCCAGAGAUGAAGACCCAGAGGCAAAGUACACGUAUGCGGCACCUGUUUGGAAGCAAUACUUGAUUGUCAGUUGGAGAACUAUAGUACAGAAAUGGAGAUUACCAGGAUAUGUCUACGCAAAGGUCUUUUUGGUUGUCACUUCGGCCCUUUUCAAUGGCUUUUCCUUUUUCAAAGCCGACAAGUCCUUACAGGGCCUACAGAACCAAAUGUUUUCAAUGUUUAUGUUUUACUCAGUUUUUGCCACGAUGGUGCAUCAGUUACUUCCUCAAUAUAUUGCUCAGCGAGAUGUCUACGAAGUUAGAGAAGCGCCUUCACGAACGUUUAAUUGGUUCACUUUCAUUACUGCACAGUUCACCUCAGAGAUACCGUACCAAAUAUUUGUUGGAACUCUAGGCUUUUUCUGUUGGUAUUAUCCUGUUGGUUUCUACGCUAAUGCUGAGCCUACACAUGCAGUUGAUCAAAGAGGUGUUCUUAUGUGGCUUUUCAUUAUUUGUUUUUUUGUGUACACCAGUUUUAUGGGACUUUUAUGUAUCUCAUUCAUUGAACUUGAAGAUAAUGCCGCCAAUCUUAGUGUUAUCUUGUUCACAAUGUGCAUGACCUUUUGCGGUGUGCUUAAGACGGGAGAGCAACUACCAAGAUUCUGGAUUUUCAUGUACCGUGCAAACCCGGUAACGUAUUUCAUCCAGGGUAUGUUGGCUACAGGGUUGGCGAAUACCGCAGUUCAAUGUGGCAGGACGGAAUUAUUGGCAAUCAUUCCCCCAAAUGAUCAUGACACAAAACAAAUGACAAGUGAAGGUGGCACAAAGGGACUGGGCGUUCGUUGCAUUGCAGUUUGGUGCCGUGACGAGAGAUUAUUUAUAGAUGCUAUUAUUGAAACAAAGGAGAGCCUACUGCGCUGUACACAACCCUUCCCAGUCUAG